AUGCCAUCAACCAUCCCCCUCCCACCUCCCUUCUCCUCAAUCCCCCGCCAUCCCUUAACCCUCUACCCCUCCCCAAUCCACCCCCUCCCCCGAAUCUCCACCGACCUAUCCCCCUCCGGCACCACAACCAUCUACGCCAAACGGGAAGACCUAACCUCAACCCUCGCCUUCGGGGGCAACAAAACCCGCAAACUCGAAUACCUGGUCGCCGACGCCCUCGCCCAGCACACCUCGACCCUGAUCUCGAUUGGCGGCGUGCAAAGCAACCACACGCGGCAGGUCGCCGCGGUAGCCGCACACCUAGGUCUCAAGGCGCGGCUGGUGCAGGAGAAAUGGGUGGACUGGGAGGAUAAAGGAUAUAGCGACGUGGGCAAUAUCCAGCUCUCCCGGGUGAUGGGGGCAGAUGUGAAUCUGAACACGGAGGGGUUUGGGAUCGGACAUAAAGAGUCCCUAGCGAGGGUGCAGCGCGAGUGUGAAGAGCGCGGGGAGAAGACGUACUACAUCCCUGCUGGGGCGUCGGAUCAUCCGCUGGGCGGAAUGGGGUUCGCGCGGUGGGCGUUUGAGGUGCGGGAGCAGGAGCGCGAGAUGGGGGUGGAGUUUGGGACGGUGAUUGUGUGUGCGGUGACGGGGUCGACGAUGGCGGGGAUGGUGGCGGGGUUUAAGUUGAUUGAGAAGUUGUAUCCAGGGGAGGCGAAGAAGAAGGUGAUUGGGAUUGAUGCGUCGGCGAAACCGAAGGAGACGAAGGCGCAGGUGUUGCGCAUUGCGAGGAACACGGCGGGGCAGAUUGGACUGUCCGAGAACGAUAUCACGGAGGAGGAUAUCAUCUUGAAUGAGGAUUAUCAUGCCGGGACGUAUGGGAUCCCGGAUAAGCAGACCUGGGAGGCGAUUGAGUAUGCGGCGCGCAUGGAGGCGUUCAUCACGGAUCCGGUGUACGAGGGCAAAAGCUUUGCGGGGAUGGUGGAUUUGAUCAAGAAGGGGGAGAUCAAAGGGAAUGUGCUGUACGCGCAUCUUGGAGGGCAGUUGGCCUUGAACGCGUACUCGGACUUGGGCAAGACUAAGUAAGAGUUUACAUCUACGUAUUAUUCUACAUAGAGGAGAGUCGAAUUGAGUCAUUCAGGAU